GGUUAAAAGAGGAAUGUGCAAGCCGACGAAGAACACGCGGGGAAAUAGGCUCUGGUUUCUAGGGUUUAUUCGAGCUCUGCGAUUCCACGCGCAGAGCACCCAAUUCGUUUCCCUGUCGCUCCGAUCGAUCAACUUUCACAAACUCUAGGGUUUCUUUCAAGGUGGUAUUGCGACGAUGACUCGGGUUUAUGUUGGGAAUUUGGAUCCUCGAGUGAACGAGAGGGAUCUGGAAGAUGAAUUUCGGCUGUUCGGUGUUCUUCGCAAUGUAUGGGUUGCACGAAGACCGCCGGGAUAUGCAUUUAUUGAAUUCGACGAUCGCAGGGAUGCUCUAGACGCGGUUCAAGCUUUGGAUGUGCAAGGGUUCGUAUGUCCCAAUUUUUUGUCUGCAGGUAAAAAUGGGUGGCGUGUGGAGCUUUCCCACAAUUCUAAGGGUAGUGGAGGCCGUGGUGGUGGACGUGGGCGCGGUGGAGGAGAUGACUUAAAGUGUUAUGAGUGCGGUGAACCUGGCCAUUUUGCUCGAGAAUGUCGCAUGCGUGUUGGUUCACGAGGAGGGAGUGGUGGAAGGCGCCGAAGUCCAUCCCCUCGACGCCGCAGAAGUCCUAGUUAUGAUGGCUAUGGGCGCAGGAGUUAUAGUCCACGUAGGAGAAGAUCACCUCCACGACGCCGUAGUGUCACACCUCCUCGACGUGGACGCAGCUACAGCAGGUCUCCUCCAUAUCGCCAUGCUCGCCGUGCUUCACCUUAUGUCAAUGGGGACUAAGCUGGAAUUGGAGCAACUGCUGGAUUACUUGAAAGGAUGAUAUCUCUGCUAUAUUGUAGUUAUAAUAGGGUUGACAAGAAUUAUGUUAGUUAUGUUGAUGUUGUGACACAAUGGGUUUUAUUAGGAACUUGGAUUGGAUGGCUUGGACACCAGUUUGCGUCGACUUUCUUGCUUCAGCGUACUAAAAAUGAGAGGUUGCUUUCCUACUUUGAAGUUGCCAUAUUAUAUAUGUUUAUAUAUGGUUUUGUGUGAACUCUUUCUUUGUGGUUGGAUUUUCAUUGUUUGCAAUAGAUGUUCCUAAAGUUUGUUUGUUUUGA